AUGAGUUCAAGACAAAGCCCAUCUUUGUUGGAUCUCCCGUUGGAAACCAUCUAUGAAAUCAUACUUCAUCUCGGGGGAGGUCAAAUCAAACUCAAUGCCAAUAAAUUGGGUUGUGAGGCUGCUGAUGUUUCUGUUUUCGUAGUAAACAAAUACUUGCCUCAUUUUAAAGACAUAAUAUCAUUAUCCACCACAUGUAUUUUCCUAAGGAAACUUCUAGGGAGCUGUAUAUUUACUCACGUUAGUUUGGUUAGAAAGGAUCAAACUGACGCUAUUCUUUCAACUCCUCCUGCAGCCGGUUCUAGAAGAAAUUCUAAAGAGAAGGAAUAUCAUAGACAAUUGAUAAGAGAAGUUUUAGAGAGAGGAUUUCGAGAAUGUUCAAAUUCUGAGUUGGCUAGGAAAAGUUAUAGAGCUGAUGAAUCAUUCAAAAGUCGUUAUGACAGUUUCAGUAUGAAUAACUUCGUGGAGUAUAUUGAAGGAGGUAGGGAAUUGUUCAGUGAGGACAUGAAAUAUUUCCCAAAUGUAAAGACAUUAAAGGUUCUUGAUUCUACCUUCAAUGAGACAUAUGGUACUCCUACCAGUGAUCAAAAACUAUUAUUGCUUAAGAACAUUCCUUCAAAUCUCACUUACUUGUCUUUGAACAUCAUAAACCUUGAUCUGGUAAAAGAUAUUAUCCCUUUAGUGAGAAGAUUAGAUCUAUUUAUUGAUUUCAACGAAAUAGAAAAAUACCAUUUGAAGGAACUCUCCACCAUCUUCAAAGGAAAAUGUACUAUCAAAGAGUGUAAUUUAUUCGUCAGUAGAGACUCCUGCAUCGUUCAUACAUCUUUCUUAGAAUUGAUUGACGACAUGUGUGGUAAAAAUCUCGAUAAGUUAAGCAUUAGGGUAGUUAAACGAAGUAUCAGAGAGGAUUUCUUUUCUCGUAGUGAUUACUGGGCUGAUGAAUCGAUAGAAGAAAGUUCUUAUUGUGGCAAUUGGUUCGUUUCAAGUUUAUGUAAAUCUACUAAUUUGAAACUAUUGACAAUUGAUGUGGGGAUCAUUAGUUAUUUGAAAUUCUCAGGAGAACCAAUUCCAAAUUAUAUCCCAAGGAAAGAAUUCACUUUCAUGAUAGUUCAUCCAACUUUAAUACUCCCUGAUUUUGGUCGUACUUUAAGACAUAAAAUUUGUUUGAUGAUACAACUUCUUGGAGUUUCGAAUAUUUCCUUACAAUAUGGAGAUCCUCUGUCACAAUCCGAUUUAACAGCAUUAAGAUUGAUCACCCACUUUGUAAGUCAUCUAAAAUCUUAUGAUGUUUAUUUGAAGCAUGUGGCUAUUGAACAAUGUUGGUCUACAAGAGAAGAAACUGUAUUACGAGAUCAUAUUAGAGACGCCAUCACAAGUGGUGAUAGAAAGAAAAUCCAACUGUUCCAACCUUGGGGAAGUCUGACUUUCAAUUCGCCCAAAUUUAGAAGGCCCACAUCAGCACAAGUGGUUUAUGAAAAUAAUGACAUUAAGUUUAGAUUCGAUCAUAGUUCGCCUAAUGAAGUUUCCGAUAACUUCUGGAUGGCUGAAGCAUCAUUAUUAGAAUUGGAACAAUACACUCGUGGGAUAAGUCCAAGACCUGUAAAUACCAUUUCUGAUCAAACACCAUUAAUUCUAUCAUCAGGAAGAAGUAAGUUACUUAGUUUAAGUAGAUUGCAACAGGAUAUUUGA